CGUUCUCCGGCGACGCGUUGGCGGCAAGUUAUUCUAGUGUUCAGUCUGAAUCGUUCGUUACAAGAGUUCGCUUGUUCAGAAAACAUCUUCCAUAAUCUACGAUGGCUCGGUGUGUCGCGUUUACCCUCGCCGCUCUACUGGCUCUGGUCGAGUUCGGAUCCUGCCUGCAGUGUUACCAGUGUAACUCACAAUCCGACCCAACCUGUAAGGAUCCCUUCGGUGGAAAGACUGUUGUGGACUGUUCAACACAAGACUCGAUUAACUAUAACCGAGCUUACCUGAGCACGAUUCUACCCCGGGAGCUUAUUGAAGGGGUAACUGGGGCUCCACGUUACUGUCACAAGAUUGUUUUGGAAAACGGCUCAGUCGUGCGUACGUGCCUCGACGCCAACCCCACAGCGUUGAAACACACCUGUCAACUUCUCGAAAACGCCGCUAAAGCUGUCCCCAGCGACCCCAGCAAGCAAAUCAAACACUGCAGCGUUUGUGACAAGGACCGCUGCAACGGCGCUGGAUCCAUCGCUUCAUCUGCUCCACUGGCCAUCGUAGCACUAAUUGCCACUUAUUUAUACACCAAGCAUUAAUAGCCAUUGUAAACUAAUCAGCAAGCAACCAUGUGCGCUUAUGCUUGAAGUUGACAUUACGUUUUAAAACACGAAAAUCACGAUCAAAGCACUGUAAUUACUCGCUUAAUAAAGUGCCAAAAUUGAAUUUUAAACGUCCAAUUCAAAAAAAGCAUCGCCUUUGAAUUUCAUGGACCGUCCAAUGUCGUUUUUGCUUGUUGAAACUUUUAUAAUCCAUAAGUAAUAGAUAUAACAUUAAUUAAUAUUUAAGGAGUUAUUUUCGAUUGAGUUUUGCAAUUAAAUUUUAUGGUUGAAUUAAUACGUAUUAUGUAUUUCGUUAUUUGUACUUAGAAAACUGAAGAUGUUACGAUAUUUAUUAUUCCAUAUUUUUUGUAAUAUACGUGUUAUAGUAUAUUGUUAAA